AUGCCUCCCAAGAGGUCUGGCAAAGUUCGAAAGCGGCCACAUGCUGAGGCAGGCCGCUCGCCUUCCCCGAGCCGACCCGCAAAGCAGCCAAAGCUAUCAGCUUCAGCUUCAGCUUCAGCUUCACCACCUCCGAGUCCCGAAGAGAAGAAGACGCGCAAGUCAGACAAGCCUGAUGAAGGAUGUCCCGGCUGGUGGCCCCCUGAGUUCGCACCCGCCGGGAAACCACUCCCCGCCAACAAGGCUGGCAUGAGAAAGGUCAUCAAGGCCUUUCAGGAUGCCAAUCGCGAUCCUGCCGAGCUAUGGAGUGAGGGAGGUCUGAUGGUCCAGCUUGUCCGUCAAGAUCCUGUCGGAAGGAUCCACCAGCGAAUCUUUAACAAGAUUGAUUUUGAGAAUCUGGUGCCCAAGACCCCUUCUCAGACUCAGAGAGACGAGGUGGCCAGCAGGCAAGAUGAGCAAGCAUCGUUUGAUAGAGAGAGUACCGAGCCGACGACCGAGCCCCUUGCAGAGUCAGUAACGAUCGCCGAGACAUCAGUCCUUGAAGCUACAGAGUCCACUAGUAGCCAGCCUCAGAGCACCGAUAUAGACAAACCUAUGAGUGCUACCAUCGAUGCCCUACGAAACGGCAUUGGACUAGACAGCCAAGACAUGGCGCGGUGUGCGAAUCUGUUCCCCCGCCCUUCAGAUUGGUACAUCUUCCCACCCGGCUCCUCCUUCACAGGAGCCGAUGAAAUCCACGCUCAACAUCCCGCUCUGAAAGCCCAACACAUCGCAUUCUUCGUCUACAACAAAGACAAUGACCAAUGGGGUCUCUGUCAUCUCGACGUGGGCAGGGUAACUCUGGUCCACCUCUUGACAAACCAUUUCACCAAUGUCCCUGCAGCGGAACUUGUAGAUUGGUUAAGAUCGCAACGAAAGCUCAGCAUGAAAGGGAUGAUGUUCGUGAAACAACGCGGCCCUAUUCACCUAGAUAGUCCUAGCGGGGAGAUCUGUGCGCUUGUCUUCCUGAAAUGCCUUAUGGCUGAGGAGAGGGUUCCUCGAUAUGUCGACAUCGCAACCGCCCGUAUGGAAUUCAUAAAGAUGAUGGGACCGGCUGGUGCAGAUGAGGACAUAGCUACCCAAACCUUGACCUCCACCCCAAGCGCCGGCUUGAGCGGCGAGACGAUUGCCACUGGAAUACCAAAGGAUCAGGCUAUCUCCAUUGAUCCCAAGCUUCAAGCGCCUUCUUGCAGUUACUUUUCGGCUCAGCCUUUAAACCCCAUGGAGCCAAUCCCCUCGAAGCAGGAACUUGCAAUGACCUCUUCUUGUGCGACGCCAAAGCGAUCAGAGCAGACAGUGCUCAUUUCGUCAUCCGAGAGCUCCCCGAAGCCUGCACCUGAUGAACAUGAGUUUGGAGGACCUGCAGACGAUGAAGCAGCGAAGGCUCAAUCUGCAGACCCUGCACCUGUAGGCAACGCGCGAGUGUCAGAGACAAGCACACCUUCAAGCAAUUCCGACGAUCCUCUCACCCUUGCCCAGUCUCUCGAAGUCAAUUUCACGGCUUUUCUCAACCAACGACGCAAGCUUGAAGCCUGCGUAAAGGCCGAGAAAACCAGCGCAGAGAAGAAUGAUGAGACGAUCGCCGAGCUCAAGCAAGCUCGCCAGGAACUCAUGAAAAGGCACAGCAGUAGCAUAUACGAACUGAGAUGCAAGGUUUCUGAGUUGGAGAUACACCUUGAAGCAGCGAAAGGAGCCCUUGAGACUGCGGAGAGGGCGGAGCAGGAGUCUGGUGCUCGUCUUGCGGAGCUUGGGGACAAGAUUCGAGGUGAAGAGAGAAGUAAGGCUGGAGCUGCUAAGAGGAUCAAGCAGUGGGAGGCUACGCUGGCCAAGACUGCGUUCCAGUCUAUGUAA